UCAGCAUUUGUGGACGUGUAGUACAUAUGAAUGAAGCCGUGACUUCCGAUCUGGCAACUGCGGCGAGCUGCCCCGUGGGUGUGUCAUUCGGUCACUUCAGACAUCGGCGUCCGGCUGUCAAGUGUUGUCAACUGGAGACGUUGAUUCCCGAAGCGAAGUUUGAGAAGUGAAAAUUUGCAGAACCACUUUGACAUAAGAAAACAUGAGUUCGCAAUAUUAUCCAUUCAAGUGCACCCCCACAGUUUUCCCAGCUGAUCCAUUUGAUGCCAAUGCUGAUGCUGAAACUCUCCGAAAAGCCAUGAAAGGUUUUGGCACGGAUGAACAGGCCAUUAUUGACGUUCUUGCCAGAAGAGGUAUUGUUCAGAGAUUAGAAAUUGCAGAGAUGUUCAAGACUUUAUAUGGCAAGGAUCUUAUUUCAGAGUUAAAAAGUGAACUUGGAGGAAAAUUUGAAGAUGUCAUCAUGGCUCUUAUGACCCCUUUGCCAGAGUUUUAUGCCAAGGAGCUUCAUGAUGCUGUGAAAGGGCUUGGUACAGAUGAAGAAGCUAUAAUCGAGAUACUGGCAACUUUAAGUAACUACGGAAUUCGGACAGUGUCGGCCUUCUAUGAAAAAUUGUAUGGAAAGAGUCUGGAAAGUGACUUAAAAGGAGAUUCAUCAGGACAUUUUAAGAGACUCCUGGUGUCUUUGUGCAUGGCCAACAGAGAUGAAAGCCAGACUGUGGACCCUGCAGAAGUCAGUGCUGACGCACAAUCCUUGCUAAAUGCUGGAGAGAAAAAAUGGGGCACAGAUGAAUCGGCUUUUAAUGCAGUACUGGUGUCGCGAAGCUAUCAACACCUUCGUCAGACUUUCUUGGAGUAUGAAAGACUCGCCAGUCAUGACAUUGAAGAGACAAUAAAAAAAGAAUUCUCUGGAAGCAUUGAGAAGGGUCUUCUUGCUAUAGUGAAGUGUGUGAAAAGUAAAGUAGGAUUUUUCGCUGAACGUCUGCAUGCAAGUAUGGCAGGAUUCGGCACCAAGGACAAAACAUUAAUUCGCAUAGUUGUGUCUCGUUCUGAAAUUGAUCUUGGAGACAUCAAAAAAGCUUUUGAAGAAAAGUAUGGUAAAACCUUGGAGAGUUUCAUCUCUUUUUAA